ACAGAGAAUCCCAUUAUCAGUAAGAACUUGUGCUCUUUAAACCAAGUUCUCUCUCAGAAACAUGACACAGAGGCUGAAAAAUCUGUCCACAGUGGAAGCUUUGUCUUCCCUCUCUGCAGAAACAGGGAGAAAGGGAUUGUUUUGAAACCAUGGCAGAAGAAAACAGAGGGAUUUCCCUCCUCCACCCAGCUGCAGCCAGGCCAUGCCUUCUUUUCCUGAACACCAGAGAAACCGGUUUCCUCUAUCUGAACAGACAUGCAAAACACACAGACAGACACACCUACACAGAAGGUCUCUUCCUCACGCAUGCACACACACGUUUAAAAAAAACAACACAACCCCACCCCGCUGCCAGCUGUUUCUGGUUAGGCAGUUGGGCAAGCAGUGAAGAGGAGGAGCAGGCAGGCCAGAGUCAUGGAGCGGCAGCUGGAGCUCGCUGCCCUCGGUCUGGCUCUCACAGGGUGGCUUUGUGCCAUUCUGACACGCUGCCUGGCCUUGUGGAAGGUGAGCGGCACCCUGGACAACAUCACGGCUACUCUGCCUGCCUACUGGGAUGGGGUGUGGCUGGAAUGGGAUCACUGGGAUUUGGCCCACGAUGGCAGCUUGCACUGCUCCUUCUACCAGUCUCUCAUGUCUCUCUCUGGAAGUUUUCGGACGUGGAGAGCCCUCAUCAUGGCUGCCAUCGGAGCCGGGGCUUUUGCUGCGGCGAUAGGAGCAGCGGGGGCGGUGUGGUUCCCUCUGCGGGGCCAGGUCAAAGUGUUUUCUGGUGCUCUCUUUGUUUUGUCUGGGAUCCUGCUGUUGAUUCCCACAGCCUGGACGUGCCAUCACACCAGUCAGCCACUGGAGGGUGCUGUGCUGCUGAGAAGAGACUGGGGACCUGCGCUGUACCUGGGAUGGAUCUCCUUUGUUUUGAUGGUGGCUGGAGGGGUGUUUCUCACCACCAGAUGCAUCACUAGUCAAAGGCAGGUGCAGCCGCCUGAAGAGAGCAGGCACCCGAAUCUUGAGGAGGCUACUCACCCACUGAGCCAAAUCAACAGGACUACGUUCACACACAGCCAGUAUGGACGCAGAUCAGAGCCUAUCUGAGGGGACUGUGAAGUAAUAUUUAAAGUGUGAAUGAGUAGAAUUCUGGCUGCACCUGUUGAGUAAUGAUGCACGGACUUAACUAAGCAUUAACACAAGCAGAAGCACAGCGAUGUGUCAUGCCAUUGGUUUUAUUGGUAGGUAGGACUUUAAAUUUGCAACUUGUUUUGCAUUUGGGUUUCUUCCAUUUCCACUUAACCUAACACACUGUAUUAGUAUGUAUAGCAUUGUUUUACGUUCAAUCCUCAUUUCCCACCUCCAAUAUCACUGUCAAAUUACACUUCUGUUUGCUUUACUUGAUGCAAUUACUGAUACUAAACUGACAUCAAGACACUACAGCCCUCUGAUACUCUUAAUUCAUUGUAAUACCUUAAAUGUGAGAGUUAAUAUUGGUCUUAAAACUAAAUACUUUUUUCUACAGAUAUAUUGCCCUACAUUAGAGUAAUGCCAUUUAAGAUUUCAUGUUGACAGUGGCAAACAUGUUUACAACCGAGAUGAAUUCUGCGCAAAAGGACACAAAACUCACAACAUAAAUAUUACGUAGUUCACGAGAGUCAUUUGACCUAAGUCGUGCAUUAGAGUGGUUUGACUCAUUUUGGAGAGGUGGAUGGAUGCAUGAUGGAAAGGAAGCAGGCAAUGUCUUUUGAGUAGGUUGCUACAUUUACAAACUAUUCACAGUAGGGUGUAAAAGUAUGGACUUUUCAGACUUCUAUUUGCAGAUCUACACCCAUUUUAAGCGGGCACAUCAGUAUGUUACAUUUUUCAAAAUAAAAAAAAAAACAGUGAAAGAGCGUGCAC